AUGGAGAUUAUUGGAAAGCUGGAGAUCAAUCUACCUUUCUUACAAGCAUUGAAAUUGCCACCGUUUAGCUGGAGAUUAUUGGAAAGCUGGAGAUUCAUAAAGGAUUUCAUAGCUGGGAAGACGAAAGUUGACGGGAAAAUAGUGAUUGGGGAAAGUGUGUCCGCUGUUAUCCAGAAGAAGAGACUUCCUUCAAAACGAACCGACCCUGGGAUGUUCACUCUGCCGAUCGUCAUUGGGGACGUGAGUAUUGAACACGUUAUGUGCGACCUGGGAGCCUCCAUUAAUGUACUACCCUUCUCGGUGUACAAAAGACUAACUGCAGUCAGACUGGUGGAUACGAAGGUGGUUAUUCAGCUAGCACACAGAUCGUACAUAAACCCAGAAGGAGUUCUAGAGAACGUAAUAGUGAGGGUGCACAACUUCCUUUAUCCGGCGAAUUUCCACGUAAUCCGUAUCAAUGAGUCGGAGGUUGGAGAAUCGAGUGGAGUGUUGUUGGGAAGACCAUUUCUCAGGACAACUAAAACUAUAAUUGAUGUCAGCGACGGCAUGAUUUACCUUGACUAUCAUGGAGAAAAGUUCACGUUCAAUAUUGAUGAAGCCAUGAAGAAGCCAUUAGACAUUGAAAAUUUACAUUCUCUUGAUGUCAUUACCCAUUUGGCUUCUAAGUUGAGUGACACAAUUGAAAAGGAGGUCGCAGGGUGGUGCGAGGCGCUGAUCACACAAGACUUGACGGACGAAGAAAUUAAUGAGGCGAUUAUGGGAUUUUGUCAGAGGCCAGGUCUGGAGAAGUUACCCGACUUUAGGGAAUUGGCUGUGAAGGAUAUGGAGAAAAACCCAUUGCCUCAAGAGGUGAGCCCACCUAAGAAAGAGCUGAAGACAUUGCCUCCUAGAUUGAAGUACGCUUAUCUAGGAGAGGAGAAGACUUUACCGGUUAUAGUGAACAACCAGUUGUCCGAUGAACAAGAAGAGAGACUGUUGGAGGUUUUGAAGAAGAAUCAGAAAGCACUCAAAUGGACUCUAUCGGAUCUGGUGGGAGAAAAGAUGAAGAAAAGUUCCAGAAAAAGUUUUAAAGUUGAGUUCUAG